ACAGUUCUGUGGGAUUUCACUCGCCAGCUGGCAGGACAAAGGGUAGCUCCCUGCUGAACUGUCUGCGAGCACAAACCACAGUCUACUGAGACAGUAGACACUGAAAGCGAGCUAUCUGCAGUAGGAACUUCUGGUUCUGAUCCAGAGGGUCCGUCUGCGUCCCCAGGCUCUCCUGAUCUUCUGGGUCAGGAUAAAGGAACAGCCUGGGCAUCAAAAAUGGAUGAAAAGAAUGCACUAACUUAUCCUCAUCAGGCGGAAAUCAAAUGCAUACCUCAUGUCUCUCAUGAGGAGAGCACAUGCACAGACACUGUAAUCUCUGCAGCCCUCACUUUUCCUGAGAAACUCUGGGUAAUGGUCGAAAGUCACCAACUUAAGAGCAUUUGGUGGGGUCACAAUGGAAGCUGCGUUGUGAUUGACCAAGAAAUGUUUCAGAUCGAAGUACUGGGAAAGAAAGGAUCUUUGAGAGUGUUUGGGACAGAAAGCAUGAAGAGCUUUAUUCGUCAACUUCAUGCGUAUGGAUUCACAAAAAUGCAGCAUGACUCCAAAAGAUCUGCCUCACUACCCGAGUUUCUGGCAGAGGAAGAGGCAUUUGCAGCUCACAGGAAGUUACUUUGCUACUACAACCCAUACUUCAGGAAAGAUCACCCAGAGCUGCUGGAACUCUGCAAGCGCGGAGUUGCCCAAAAGAGAAGAGCUGUGGCUGCCCCCAACCCACAGGAAGAGCUGAAUGAGGGCCUCCCAAGGAGCAGCCCAGAUGUCCAGCCCAUGGAGGGAACGGCUGCUGGGCCAGAGAAGAGCCUGCUGACAGCAGAUCCAGAAGCAGGCACACAGGCAGUGCCAUCCAUGGGGCCUCCACCACCCAAGCAACCCAAGAAAUCCCCUACCCAAGCCCAAGCAGGCAGUGCUCCAACUCCGCCAGACCCUGUUGCUGCACCAGGGAGAGAAGAGUGCCAGCCUCUGGCCCGCUCCCCGCUGCCACCGAACGGCAGUCCCAUCUCGGGUGCCACUUCAGCUCCUCCAGCUUACAACGCUCUGCCCUUCAAGGCACCCACUUUUACAUCUGGCUCAGUGUGGCAGGCCCCACCGGAAUCAGAGCUGCAGGAUCCUGGGGCUGCCCUGCAUUACCUCAGCCAAUACUUUGCCAUGGCCAUGUUGGCAGCAGCCAAGAUGACAUCAGCUAACUGGGGGCCCUGGGCAGUCUCACAUUACCCAACAUGCACCUGCAGCUCCCACAAAGCAGCCCCACACUGUCCAACAUGCACCUGUGGCUCUGAUGGAGUAGAUGCAGGAGAGCGGCUGGCACCCUAGUAUGGAACCCACUGCACAGAGCAGGAACAGCAGCACCCAUUUAUAGGUUUAUAACUUCAUAGAAGUAUUCAUAGGUAUUUCUGAAAGU